CCAUCCUAGAUUUUACGGGUCGACUCCGUCGCCGUGCACGGAACCGUGCACCUUGGCUGCGCGAGUUCGCAGCAGCCAUGGAGGAUGCAUACAGCGAUGAGCUUCUCGCGCAGCUCCGCAGGAGGUCGGGGUUCGGCGCGUUCGCAAAUGUGAACGAUUUUCAUUCGAUGAGCAGUUCCAUGGGCGGAACCAGUCUGGAUAGGUCAGAAACGCUGCCUAGCAAGCAGCUUCGCGACGAAGUCGGCCGCACAGCGCCGCAUUUGUUCAGCGAGUACCCGGAAUAUGCGCCUGAGGUGCAGGCCAUCCUUGAGACGGAAUUGCCGUCUGUGGAGAAGAUUUCUAAAAUUGCUGCGGAGAUUCUGCGCACAGACGGAUUUCCAUUUCCCAACAUUAAGGUUUUAGAGAAAGACAGCUCUAGAGACGCGUCCCCGUCAGAAGAGGACCCAGAAAGCGCGUCAGAAACGCUUGAGACAACUGAAAUAGAGUUGCCGUUAGUGCAAAAGAUUUCCGAAGAAGAAGAGGCAGAAACGGAAGCAGAGCGUACGGACGAAACCUCAGAUAACGAUAUCGUUGAAGAGACGCACAUUCCAGAGGAAGACUCCACUCUAGACCUGGACACCUCUGAAACCGAAGUGGAGGCAGAGUGUCUAGACGAAUCCCUAGACUUCAACGAUGAGGUCUCACAACAUGAUACUAAUGAAGAAGUCCAUGCACGGGAACAUGGGCUAAGCCCAGUCGAGGAGAUUUCUGAGAAAGAAGCAGAAGCAGAACUUGCAGAAGAGUCGUCAGACAUAAAAGAUGAAGGUCGAGAUAACGACAUUGAUGAGGAAAUGUACGCCGUAGACCAAGUAACACCUCUGCAUCAGCACUCAACCCCAGAGCAAGAACCAACUCUGGAUCCAGAGCUGGCUGAAGAGGAGAACCCGAUUCCAGGAUCAGAAUCAUUCGUAGAAGUGACCACGAAGGAAGACUUGAUUCCAGAGCCGGAAGCAGUUCUACAGCAUGAACCAAUCCCAGAGUCAAACCUGAUUGCAGAGCAAGAACCUCAUCAAGAGCUGGAACUAAUCCCUGAACAAGAUUCGACGCUAGCGUCAGAGUCAACUGCAGAGCCAGAAUUGGUUCUACAAAAGAAAUUAGCUAUGGGAUCAGAAUCACCAGCAGAGCCGUCAAUAACGCCAGAAUCAACAACUGUGGAGCCGGAGGCAACUUCAGCGCCAGCUGUGCAGUCAGAAUCAACUGAAGAGCCAGCUCUGGAGCCCGAGUCAACAACCAUAGAGAUACGGCCAACUGCAGGACCGGCUAUAGGGCCAGAAUCAACAACCGGAGAGCCCGAAGCAAUUGCGGAACCAGAAUUCUUUGCAGAACAAGACCCAGAAUUAGCUCAGAAGCCAGCUUCUAUAUCACCUUCGGAUCAGGACUCCAUCCUGGACCAAGGACUAGCUCCAGCAUCAGCUUCAGAAGAUUCAUUUCCAGAUGAAGAAAAGCUGAUCUUAGAUGAAGCCUUUGAGACAGAAGCGGAAGUAGAGCGGAUGGAAGGGUAUUUUGAUUCUACCGUCGAGGUUCCCGAGAGCCCUCUUGCGAACAGAGUGCGUACUCCAGACCGAAGACCGGCUCCAAUCCGAACAUCGACUUCAGACCGAAAGCCAACGCACAUGCGAACCCCGAGUUCAGCUCGAAGCGUAAAGUCAGAGCGCACCCCGAAUUCAACUCGAUCACGACCGACACCGGACCGAAGGCGGACCAUAGACACUCCCCCGCGCCCUCCAAUCACCCCCAAGGCAUGGGUCUCGCGAGCCAGUUUCGCCGGAGAAACCAUUUCUUCAAUGCUGAAAAAGCGUGACUCGAACGCUUCUUUAAGAUCGCCUUCAAGCGCCUCACGCGCUCUCGCGCGCACCCUCCGCCGCAUCCUUCCGCUCCACCACCACCAACACGCCGUCGAAAAUCCCUUCCAGGGCGUCCUCAAGGGCAUCCUACAUCUCGUCUCCGCGGACACCGCAGACGCCGCAAACGCCCUCCCGAAUCCCAUCGCGGACAUCAUCGCGAGCAUCGCUGGGUUCAUCCAUCGCGUCUCUACCGACGCAUUCGCGGACCCCUUCGAGCGCGUCGAUGACGUUGCAUGCGCGCACGCCGUCGAGCGCAUCGAUGACCAUGGGCAUGCACGCGCGGACCCCCUCGAUCACGUCGCUGAUCUCGCCGACGGCAUUCUCGGAGAGCCCGUCCAGGACGACGUCGAGGAUACCGGUGAUGACGCCUGUGAAGCCGGGUAUGGCGCGGGCUGCGACGACGCCCAACAUUGCGCCUGCACCUGCUCGGCCGCGGUUGUCGACACCUGCAAAGUCAUCCUGGGCGAGUGCAAAGGGGGAGAAUUGAAAGACCACCGAGCGCGGGCGAGAAGGCUGCGACGCGGCGUCUGGGCAGACGUGUGA